AUGGAGGACUCAAUAAUCAAUCUCUACAAAGGAAAACAAUCAGAUUUCUACUACGUGGACGUGACGGAAGAGAUGCUACUAUACGAAAAUAAACAGAAACGAAGAUCACAAGAUAACAAAGCCUAUCAAUGUCAUCAGUGUCCUGCAGCCUUCACUCGUAAAGGAUGUCUGACGCGACAUCUCAGAUAUGAAUGCUGCCAACAACCAAGAUUCAAGUGUCCAUAUUGCGACUUUCGUAGUAAGAAGACUUCUCAUACUUAUAGACACGUCAGGGAAUAUCACCCUGGCGAAUCUGUCUACUUUGUGGAUAUCGCCACGAUUAAUUAUUUAUUACUUCCUGAUGAACUUCAAGAUCCACUUAGCUUCCAACCGAUAAACUACGAGAUAUUAACGUUGAAAGUCGGUCCUCAACGAGAUCAUGUUUGCUCAAAAUGCAAUAAAUCAUACUUACGUUCGGACCAUUUAUCUCGUCAUUUACAAUAUGAAUGCGGUAUCCCACCAAGAUUUCUUUGUGGUUAUUGUCCUCGACGAUGUCGACACAAGCACAACAUUAUGGGACAUAUAAAGAAGCUGCACAAAGGAUUGCAAACUAAAUAUUAUCUGACUUAG